AAGACUUAGAUUAGACACACUGGACUAAACAGCACACUAUUUAAAACAGGUAAACAUGACUCAGGUAGAUGUGAUUACUGUGGACAAGAGGAAACGGUGGAGCAUGUUGUGUUGCAUUGUGGGAGAUAUGAGGAAGAAAGGCCUCAAAGAGAUUAAAGUACACUUUGAUUUAAUGGAUAUUCUACAAAAGAACUCACUAGAUGAGUGUUAUAGAACAUUAGUUCAGUAUCUUAGACAAAUUAAUAUGAUUGGGAAAAUAUGAGGUUGUUUGUUUUCUUUUCUUUUCUUUAUUUUUUGGGCUAUAGUAAUUAUUAGCCAGAAUGAUCCACACUCCAGACCAGCUGGUGGCGGUAAUGCACCAAAUCAUUGUUUGCCAAUAAACCUUAAAGAAGGAGGAGAAGAAGGAGAAGGUGCAUUGUGGGAAGCAGUCUCUGACGCUGUCUGUUUAUUUCUUGACAUCUAACAACACUUUAUUCUCUCUCUAUAUAUAUCUCUAUAUAUCUAUAUAUAGAGAUAUAUAUCUAUAUAUCAGCUCCAAUGAUCAACAAGGAAGACAUUCAAUAAGGUCUGAAUUCAAUAGAAACAUUCUCCAGCAGAGACCGUCAGGACGGACUGAAACAUGAUGGAGGCUGGAGAAGGAGUCAGCAGCGCCACGCCCACAGAGGAGAUGAACGGAGCUGGAAACUUGAUGGACUUCCUGGACGAGCCUUUUCCUGACGUGGGCACGUAUGAAGACUUCCACACCAUCGACUGGCUGAGGGAGAAAUCCAGAGACACGGACCGCCACCGCAAGAUCACCAGUAAGAGUAAAGAGUCCAUGUGGGAGUUGAUCAAGAGCCUGCUGGACGCCUGGUCGGGAUGGGUGGUGAUGCUGCUCAUCGGACUCCUCUCAGGUCAGUCAGGAGCAGCUGAUCCCACUCAAAAGACACCUGAAAUAUGUCUUUAUUGUUCUGUUGUUGUUGAAGCUGUCGAUUCAAGUCAGCGGUAGCGUUGCACGGUACACCGAUACUAGAAAGGUAUGGCGAUACCCUGCCAUUAAAAACGAUACGACACCCCGUUUUAUUAGUACCGUUACUUUAAGAAUGACAAUGUCUUAAUACGAGCCGUGAGUUGUGUCGAUGUGUGCAGCGGUCGGCUUUAGAGGACGCCAUCAGGACUGGGAUCCCGCGGGAGCAGGCGGUUACAAAAUAAACUGUGGUGAUAACCAGAAGGAUGGAGUCAACAAAUGAAGAUUAAAGCAGGUGAUGAACCACAGUUCUGCUCUGAGCUGGUGACUCUAUCAGCAGAACUCCCUUUAAAAAAACAAGGAAAUAACAGCGCGGCUCAGAUUACUGAUCAAAUGUACCGAUAAAAUAUAUUCACCGUCUCUACUGAAUCUGUCCAAGCAUCUCCUGUAAU